AAGCCCAGCACUCCCCAUCACCGUCGGAUCCACUCCCCUUCCCAAUCCAAUGGCGCCGGUCGCCUCACGUCCAAAAAUCUCCAUCUCCAUCACCACUCAAACACUCGCCCUAUAUCCCCAAACCAACCCAAAUCACCAAAAUCUCACACUCACACACACACACACACAAAAACCACUUUCUCAGUUUCUCACCACCUGAAAACACCACCCGCCAACAUGGCUGCCGCCGCCUCCGCCGCGUCGUCGCUCAUCGGGACCCGAUCGGCCCGAAUCCAGGCCCGAUUCGCGUUCGGUGGGAAGAAAUCGGCCCCCAAGCGCGCCGCCUCGAAGACCGUCGUCCCCGACCGGCCGCUGUGGUAUCCCGGUGCCAAGGCGCCGGAGUACCUCGACGGGUCGCUCGUCGGGGACUAUGGGUUCGACCCAUUCGGCCUCGGAAAGCCCGCCGAGUACCUGCAGUUCGACCUCGAUUCGCUCGACCAGAACCUUGCCAAGAACGUCGCCGGAGAUAUCAUCGGGACAAGGACGGAGGUCGCCGACGUGAAGUCGACGCCGUUCCAGCCGUACAGCGAGGUCUUCGGGCUUCAGAGAUUCAGGGAAUGCGAGCUUAUUCAUGGAAGGUGGGCCAUGCUCGCCACACUCGGGGCCCUUACCGUCGAGUGGCUCACCGGCGUCACGUGGCAGGACGCCGGAAAGGUUGAGCUUGUUGAAGGAUCAUCUUAUCUCGGUCAACCACUCCCAUUCUCCAUAACCACAUUAAUUUGGAUCGAGGUGCUUGUUAUUGGGUACAUCGAGUUCCAGAGAAAUUCGGAGCUGGACCCGGAAAAGAGGCUCUACCCGGGCGGGUCGUAUUUCGACCCGUUGGGCCUGGCUGCGGAUCCUGAGAAGAAGGCCACGCUUCAGCUGGCUGAGAUUAAGCACGCCCGUCUUGCUAUGGUUGCCUUUUUGGGCUUUGCAGUCCAAGCAGCGGCUACUGAUGUACACCAAAACGACGAGCUUCACAUUUGCUCAAUUAAUGAUGAAGCAAGGCUGAUGAGGCCGCAAAUAAAAUUUGAACGUAACAAAGAACCGUUUGGUUCUGGCAAAGAGAAUUCUACAACCGAACCCGAAGAUGAUGUUGCUAUAAAUAAUGUCAGACUCUUUACGUAUCGCUCUUUGCAAUCAGCCACGAGGCUUUUUCAUCCAUCGAACAAAAUUGGACGAGGUGGUUUUGGGGUCGUUUAUAAGGGAGUUUUGAGGGAUGAGACUCGAGUAGCCAUCAAGUCUCUUUCAGCCGAAUCCAAACAAGGGAUUAACGAGUUCUUGACCGAGAUUAAUAUGAUAUCCAACAUAAAACACCCGAACUUAGUUCGACUCGUUGGUUGUUGUGUUGAGGGGAAUAACCGAAUAUUGGUGUAUGAAUAUUUGGAGAACAAUAGCCUCGCCAAUUCCCUACUCGGCAUCAUUUUAUCAGUCUCGAAUGGCAAACGUGUUGAGCUGGAUUGGUCCAAGAGAGCUGCAAUAUGCAUAGGCACAGCUUCAGGACUCGUGUUCCUUCACGAGUGUUCCGAUCCUUGCAUUGUCCAUCGAGAUAUAAAGGCUAGCAAUAUCCUUCUCGACGGCAAUUUCCUCCCUAAAAUCGGAGACUUUGGAUUAGCAAAGCUAUUUCCCGAUAAUGUCACCCACGUUAGCACACGAGUAGCUGGAACAGUGGGUUAUCUAGCUCCCGAAUAUGCUAAGCUGGGUCAACUUACUAAAAAGGCCGAUGUGUAUAGCUUUGGGGUACUGUUGCUCGAGAUUAUAAGCGGCGAAAGUAGCAGUAAGGCCACAUUUGGGGAUGAUUUCUUGGUUCUGCUCGAAUGGACUUGGAAACUGUACAUCGAGGGUCGAGUUUUAGAGCUUGUGGACCCGGAAUUAAGGGACUACCCGAAAGACGAAGUCACGCGCUUCAUAAAAGUCGCGCUAUUUUGUACCCAAGCGGCUUCUCAACGCAGACCGGACAUGAAUCAGGUGAUAAGAAUGCUUUCAACCAAUGUUAAUCUCAACGAGAGCGUGUUGUCAGAGCCCGGAUUUUACAGGCCACAAAAAACGAAAGAUGGGGCCUCAUCUCGUUCGGACAAAACGAAACAUUCGUUUAGUCCUUUUGUGAGCUCGACUCAGUCAAAGGUUUCCUUCACAACUAGUAUACAGAUGUUGCCUCGAUGAAUAAUGUGAAAGCUCAGCAAUUGCAUCCCAGUAUUGUAUUGUCUUAUUAGCCUUUGACAUGGAAUUUCUCUUGGCUCUUGAUAAUCAACUGCAUAAACAACAACAAAAGAUCGG